GUUGGUGAGUGGAAAUUCACGAAGUCUGCAUUUGGGGGCUGUGGAAGCAAAGAAAAUCGGAAAAAUACUGAAUUUAUGCUCAUUUCAUCAUCUCUUCUCUUCCCUAUAUAUAUACUACACACCACCACCUUCCAAUUCUCACACCAUUCAGCCACCCAUUCUCUCUCUACCUCUCUGAUUCCUGAGCUCUGAGACUACUGUGUGUGCUGUUUAACUGAUCCGCUAUUUCCUUCAUUUCGUCAACUCAAGAAGUCGAGAUGGCCAAGAAUGUCGGGAUCCUCGCCAUGGAAAUCUACUUCCCUCCCACUUGCAUCCAGCAGGAGGUAUUGGAAGCUCACGAUGGAGCAAGCAAAGGGAAGUACACAAUUGGGCUUGGCCAAGAUUGCAUGGCAUUUUGUUCGGAGGUUGAAGAUGUCAUUUCGAUGAGCAUGACAGCGGUUACUUCGCUUCUAGAGAAGUACAAUGUUGAUCCGAAGCAGAUUGGACGUCUUGAAGUUGGAAGUGAAACCGUACUCGACAAGAGCAAAUCCAUUAAGACAUUUUUGAUGCCGAUCUUCGAGAAAUGUGGCAAUACUGACAUCGAAGGUGUUGACUCAAGCAAUGCUUGCUAUGGUGGGACUGCAGCACUAUUUAACUGUGUCAAUUGGGUGGAAAGUAGUUCUUGGGAUGGAAGAUAUGGGCUUGUUGUCUGCACCGACAGUGCGGUAUAUGCCGAGGGACCAGCUAGACCUACUGGUGGGGCUGCAGCUAUUGCCAUGCUAAUAGGACCAAAUGCACCCAUUGCUUUUGAAAGCAAGCUUAGGGCGAGUCACAUGGCUCAUGUUUAUGAUUUUUACAAGCCCGACCUUGCCAGUGAAUAUCCAGUUGUUGAUGGCAAGCUUUCUCAGACUUGUUACCUUAUGGCACUGGAUGCUUGUUACAAAGGCUUCUGCCAAAAGUUUGAGAAGCAGGAGGGCAAGCAGUUCUCGAUCUUGGAUGCCGACUACUUUGUAUUUCAUUCUCCAUACAACAAGCUUGUACAGAAAAGCUUCUCUAGAUUGUUGUUCAAUGACUUUUCGAGAAAUGCCAGCUCCAUCGAUGAGGCUGCUAAAGAAAAGCUGGCACCAUUUUCAUCAUUAAGCAACGAGGAAAGCUACCAAAGUCGUGAUCUUGAGAAGGCAUCUCAACAAGUCGCUAAACCUUUCUUUGAUACCAAGGUGCAACCAUCUACUCUCGUCCCAAAACAAGUGGGAAACAUGUAUACUGCAUCGCUCUAUGCUGCAUUUGCUUCCCUCAUCCACAACAAAAGUAGCACUUUGGCUGGGCAGAGGGUCAUAUUGUUUUCCUACGGCAGUGGUCUGUCAGCCACCAUGUUCUCUCUUCGUUUCACUGAGGGAGAACAUCCUUUCAGCCUGUCCAACAUUGCAUCUGUUAUGAACGUUUCAGAGAAGUUGAAGUCGAGGCACGAGUUCCCACCAGAGAAAUUUGUCGAACUGAUGCAGCUCAUGGAGCACAGAUAUGGAGGCAAAGACUUCAUCACAAGCAAGGACUGCAGCCUUCUUGCACCAGGUACAUACUAUCUCACUGAAGUCGACUCCAAAUACCGAAGAUUCUAUGCCAAGAAGGCCAUUGCGAAUGGCACAGUUGCGAACGGCCACUGAAGAUGUGAUAUGCCAUAAAGUUGGCUCUUCUUCUGUCUAGUUGAUUCAGCACAUAGAAAAAUAAUCUAAUCUAUUUUCAUUGUUUGAUACAAGCAUCUGAGUUGGUUUGACAGAUGAAUUAUUAUCUGUAGUUUCUUUAUCAUUGUUUUUCUCUCUCUUGGAUUCUGGAAAAGGACCAUUUUAGAUGGGUGUAUUCUAUUCUACAUCUUAAUGAAUUGAAUUGAGCCUAGCCGGCUCGUUUCCUACA